AUGGCUACCGGUUUGAUGAUGAUCAGCUCAAUUAUCUUCAUCAUUUUUGCUUCCUUGUGGACUUACCAUGAUGCUGCAAGUGACACACUCAAACCAGGGGACACUCUCAAUUCCUCAAGUUCCUUAGUAUCUGCAUCGGGAAAGUUCAGUUUGUAUUUCUAUGUAUAUAUUGAUGGUUCCAACAACAACAGCUAUCUAGCUAUCCUGAACAAAGAAGCUCCAAACAAUGUAUGGAUUGGCAACCGAGACACACCUAUUGUAUACCCUUCAUCUGCAGUUCUGACCUUGGACUGGAAUAAUACAUUGAAACUGACUCACCAAGGUGGAGACCCUAUUGUCAUUUCCUCUGCUCCACAAACUAGCAAUAUUAGUACUAGUGUUGUGGCUACCCUUUGGAUUCUGGCAAUUUUAUACUGCAAGAAGUGA